CAAAUAGAAAGUGUCUGGUUGACUCGGGUUAGGGUGUCUGUUGUGUAUGUGUGCGUGGUGGUUUGCCAGCAACAAGGCCAGCUCGAUGCCUUUAUUCAUCGGCCAAUGGGGGUGGAAAAACAGAUUAUAAGCCCUGGAGACGGUGCCACAUAUCCUAAAACAGGACAAACGGUUGUGAUACACUAUACAGCAUCCUUAGUGGAUGGACUGAAGAUCGACUCUUCCCGUGAUAGGGGACAUCCAUUCAAAUUUCGAAUUGGAAAAGGUGAAGUGAUAAAAGGGUGGGAUGAAGGUGUUUCCAAGAUGAGCAGGGGGGAGCGAGCGCGAUUAGUGUGCUCCCCAGAUUUUGCCUAUGGGGCUCGAGGCUACCCUGGUGCUAUUCCAAAAAAUGCCACCCUGAUUUUCGACAUAGAGCUUCUGAAGAUGGAAUGACAGCUGCUCCAGAGACCAUUCACCACCAUUUGCCAAAAACAUCACAUCAUGCUGCCAUCUUUGUCUUGUGAAUCCAUAGUUCAUCUCUUCAGUGGUGGGUGUGCUUUCUAUCUCUUCACCAAAUGUAUGCUACAGUCUUUCCUUAUGGUCACAUAUUUUCAUGGGCUUAAAAAUACUUUGGUGUUUGCAUCGGCAAUGGAGUAGGUGAUUUGUCUGCUCUGAGGGGUCCCUGGGAUCCACUCCCGUCAGCUUUCAAGUGGAAUGCUAGUGGAAACAGAACUGGUAUAACUGGAGGAGAAAAUGUCUACUGUCCUGGACAGAAGUAUAUUUUCAGUUGAAAAUCUGACAGUUUGGCUUUUGUUAACAAACUUCAUAAAACUAAAGUGUCUUGUCUGAAUUUGUCAACAGUAUUUAAAAUGUUUCAAUGCUAAUUGAGAGAGAAAUGACAUAUAGGCAGAUGUUUACACAGUGUUGUGGACAUAGUACUCUAGUACUCUAUUAUUGUCACCACCUCAUAGAAACCAUUUUACUUUUCACUUAAUUUUUUUCUACUAGUAUUUAUUGUAUGUAACUACAGGAAAGGGAGAUGUUGUGACAUGCGUGGAAAAAUGCAGAAAAUUGUGGGGUUGGUUCGUGAAGACAUGAACAUGGAUGUGAAAUAUAAAUGAUUGGGUUUGUGAGGCUGUCAUCAUGCAUACAUUGAUAGGGAAAAAAUAUCCAACUGACGGCGUCUGAAGUGCUGUCACUUCAUUCCAUUUUCAAAGCGUGGGGUAGUCGUUAAUAUAAGGUACCCAACGUACCGAAAUGUGAUAACAUGUUUAAAUCUCCCUUCCCCUUUUUGCCUCAAUGUGUCCAGAUGAGGUCGGUGUUUUUGUGUGACACUGUUUCAGAAGAAGAGCACACAGUGAUUAUGGAUGGCCUUGCUUCUUAUUUUGAUAAUUGACAAAGUGCUCAGCUCGGGAUGCCAUUCAUCUUUCCUUGCAUGUGUGCGUGUUUGAAGGGGGGAAUUGUGAACAGACUUUGUACCUUGAUAUAACAUGCAAUCUCCUGGCUGAGUUUGCUGUCAUUGAUGAUAUAUACUGUACCGCCUAUGUCGGACUCUUAACCAUGUAUCCACCAGAUGGGGUCAAAUACUUCUUUUGUCUGAAAUUAGUCUUUCCCAGCAGUAAUUUCAGUUAAUGGUGCCGGUACAAUUAGAAGUAAAUAGACCGAUGCACAUACUUUUGGGCAGUUCUGGAAGAUGAUAAAGAGAAAUUAUCUUUAUUUUUGACCAAAAAAAGUGUUUUACCUAAUUUGGUGGACACACAGUUCGAAUCGGACACUAACAGUACGUUCUAUAUAUUAUAUAUAUAUAUCAGUUGCAAUUAUCUUAAACAGCCACACAUUGUCGAGGAGAAAAGUGGCUAUCUUACUCAGUGUCAUUAUAAUGUAAAAAAA